UUCACCAGGCAAGUUAGCAGAGCUUGAACCUAUAAGAUAGGUAGCCCUUAUCAUGUUAUGCACACUGUCUCUCUAAUAAGUAAAGACACAACACCUCGAAUUCUCUCUGAUGUAUAAACACACAUGACAUGGCUCUAAUAGCACCACAUUGAAAUUUAAUCACUUUGUGGUGUGGCUGAAUUUGGUCUUCAGGGAUUCAGGUUAAGGUUGCCCGUGAAUACUUGGUGCAUUCUCCAGUGCUGGCUAAAAUGUGAUGAAGUAAGAAAUUAACUGCUGGCAGUCUUUCACUGAGCAUGUACCAAUGCCAAAUACAUCAUUUGCCUGAUGCUUUUAUUCAAAGUGAUUUACUAUUGAGAGAAAAGAAUUUAGCAGUUGAGUAGUCAGGGACCCAACCAUUGCUGAUUGGCAGUACUGGGAUUUGAAGUGUUGACCUUCCGAUCAAUAGCUCAAAGUCCAAACCGUUAACCAUUGAUCCACCACUUCCCUAAAAGUAGACUUGGGGGGGCCUGAAAUAUUAUUUACUCAUUCUCUUCAGUAACCACAUUAUCUCGGUCAGGGUCAUGGGGAAGGACAAAGGGGAAAACCUGCAUAGAAACCCAAGCUCAGUAUUCAACCAGAAACUCUGGAGCUGCAAGGUGGCAAUGCUACCCGCUGCUACACUGUGCCGCCAUGUCAUCAGUGUACAUAAACACUGCGGGUACAUUUCUACAAUUUACAGAGAAGUUUUUUUCUAAUUAAAUCCAAUGAAGAAAUUCCAUUAACAGUCCCUAACAGUGAUUUUGCGAUGGCAGAAAUUAACGCAAAAUCAUGCAAACUGUGAAAUUUGGAAGGGCUUGCAAUCUUUCAGAAUUACCACAGAUUUUUUGCAGAUUUGGGCCAAGACGGGUCAUGCGAUGUCAUCACAACGCACAUUCAGCCAAAGCCCUCUUCUAUUCACAUGCAUUGCACAUGAGGACAGUUAAAAGGUCUCAUUUACCAACAAACAUCACUGCGAAAGAUUGUGCAAAACUAUUUAGUGGAAAGUAGUUUUCCACUAAAAAGGCACAAAAAACUCUGCAAGUAGCAAAUGUUUGUAAAAGCCGCAGAAAAUUCACGCAUUUUUGGUCACAACAAUCGCAAAUGAAACUGCGAAAUCCUGCAUUAAGACUGCAUUAAGAAGGUACCACUAUUUAAUUAACGUUGAAGCAGUGCUAAUUUUGGUUGGUGCUGAUUUUCACAAUAUAAUACUUAAAUCAAUCGAAUUUGUAUAGAAUAUUUACUUGCAUACCAUUGCAUUUAUUUGUAUACAUAGGUUGUUGUUUUUGGUUGAAUUCCCCAUCUUUCAGGCUGCCGUUACAUACAGUAUCCUUCAAUAUACAGUGUGCUUUCCUUUUCUGUGUCCUCUACUUUGGUGUGAGAGAUGAUAAUGAGAAUCCUGCCCUCUCUCUUCCUGCUUGUGUGAGUGAAACAUAAGACCAACCUCCACCACUGCUAAGCACCUUAUUGGCUGUGGCUGAGAAGAUGCUGUGUGUGUAUGUGUGAGUGUGUGAGUGAAUGUGAGUGCCUGCUUGUGUGUCCCCUAUAAAGCCUGCUGCACAGCAGUAUUUCUGAACUGGUGCAGUGCCGGUUCAUCUCCACAGAUGGUGUGCAGAACAAGGGGGACCUAGAAGAAAAACUGUCAAAAAAUCUCCUUUUAAUAUUAAAAAAAACACAACUUAAAAAUUCAUCAUCAUGAGUUUAAUUUCCUCCUCCUCGCUGAUCCGGCGCAGGGACAACCAUUCCAGCCCCUACCACUUCUCCCAGAUGUCCUUCACUUCCUCGCGGAGACUGCCGAAGUCAGUGCCACUGCACUGCUGGGAGCCAAAUGAGCUGAGCGUGGUAUGUGCAGAGCUGGUGGGUGUGAGAGCUCAGGAAAGGGAAGAGUUAGUGGGGCUGAAUGACCGCUUUGCCUCCUACAUCGAGAAGGUGCGUCGUUUGGAACAGCAGAAUCGGAUGCUCACGGUGCAGCUGGAAGCUCUGCAGGGCAUGCAGGCUCAGCCAUCUCGGCUGCAGCAGCUGUACAGGCGAGAGGCGCAGGAUCUCCGACAGCAGCUGCACCAUGAGACUCAGGACAAGGAACAUAUGGAGGUGCAGACAGACAAGCUGCGAGUGGAGCAGGAAGAGCUAGAAAAGCGCUGGCAGGAGGAGGUGCAGCGGCGUGAGCGGGCUGAAGAUGAGCUGCAGCGUGCAAGGGAUGAGGCAGACAGGACAGCACUGAUGAGCAGUGACGCCGAGGUGAGAGUGAUUUCUUUGGCGCAGGAGUUAGCCUUUCUGAAGCAGGUGUUUGCAGAAGAGCGGGAGGGGCUGAAGGUGCAACUGCAGGUGACCAGUCUGAGCUCGGAGCCAGAUGUGAGCAGACCAGACCUCUCAGCCGCCCUGAGGGAGAUCCGUGCACAGUACGAGAGCCUGGCCAGGCGCAACAUGCAAACAGCCGAAACCUGGUACCAGGGAAAGGUGGCCGACGUGGCGCAAGUAGCCAAUAAGCAGCAGGAGGCUGUGCGCUUGGUGCGUGAGGAAACGGCCAAGCACCGUCAGCUGCUGCUUGCCUGCUCCACCGAGGUUGAAUCUCUGAGGAGUGUCAUCAACUCAUUAAAUGCACAGCUCAGAGAACUAGAGGAGACACAGAGUGAGGAGGUUGCCAAGUAUCAGGGGAGGAUAAGUCAUCUGGAGAGGGAUAUUUCUGAGGCUAAAGAGGAGAUGUCACGCUACUUGAAGGAAUAUCAUGAUCUGUUGAACGUAAAGAUGGCCCUGGACAUUGAAAUCGCAGCAUACAAGCAGCUGCUUGAGGGGGAGGAGAUUCGGCUGACGUUCUGCUCCUUGCCUGUUUUGGCAUAAGCCCUAACCUACAAAUCCCCUUUCAAAAUUUCCAUCAACCUUGUCCCAUUGAUGCUGAACCUUUAUGCUCACCAAACCACCUAACUCUUGACACUUGACCAAGUCUUCAAUCUUGUCCACAAAGAGCUGGUGUGGCUGCAGGUUUUCAUAUCAACCAAGCUGGAGCUACAUUUGAUUGUUUAGCUGUGCUGUACCUCCUGUUUGGCUGGAGUGAAGGUCUGCAGCCACAAUGGCUUUCAUUUUAAUCCUAAUUCUCCAUACCCCAAACUAUGUUGCUUUAACCCUCAACCCUAGGAUCUAAACCCACAUUAUGAUACCUAACCAUAUAUUCCCAUUACCAGCAUCACUGAUUUAAAGAGAAAUGAGCCCUUGUGUUACACAAGAGGUAAACCAGGAUCUUCCCCCUUCUUCUUCACACUCUAAAGAAAACAAGGCCACCAUGGAGAGAACACUAAGUUCAGCACUUGCCCAGUCAGAGUUUAAUAUCCUCUUGUUGGUGAAUUCUCACUCAUCUGUUCUUCUCUAAGUGCCAGUCAUGGUUGGUGAUCAAGCCCCUUCUGUUCAAACUAUCAGCCAGUCGUUUGUGAAGGUGGCUUCUUUUCAAAAACCAGUCUUGUAUUAGGCACUAGAAAUUUACUGAGGUAGUGACUUUAUUGUCCUGAAUUUUGACACAAUAUCCACCAACAGGAUGUUACUCUGCACACCGGCCCUGUAAGCGUAGUAAGUGAACUAACUGAAUGUCUUCAGAGACCAUUCAGAGCUGUAGCACCACAUUUGCUUGUCGUUCAUAUUCCUAGAUAACUUUUAGUCUGCAUCCUAAUACUGUGAGCAUUGGUUGUUUCAUUAAAUUGUAAAGUAUUUUACAUACUAAAUAUAUGUUGGCUAAAAAGGUCAAACAUUGCUACUGAAGAAACAUUAGCUGAAAAAAUUGUGUUUAUCCUUAUAAAAACACUACAGUAGUGAAUCUUUGUGUUCUCAUCUGCUUCUGUUACAUCUGCCCAUCAAUGUGAAACUAAGUCAAUUGCUAGUGGGUUGAACAACAAGCAGAGAAGUAACCGACACCACUCUCGUCAUGUGAUGUAGUCUGUACCUCUGCUCCUAAAAACAAUACCUACUGAAUAAAAUUAAUACAAAACUUACUAUGUGUUGAAUCUCUGUUCAUAAACUAUAGACUACAGCUAUGAAAUCUAAGCAGUGUCUGGGUCAAAGAAUAAGUAUUUAAUAUCCUAUGUUUACUGAUAAAGGGUUUUACUGCAAAAUAUCUGUUCCAGAUUCUAGUCUAGCCUAGUAUUGGGCAUGUCAUCCCACAAACACACACACACACACACACAUUCCUAACAUAUUUGGAGGAUUUUAGACAUAGCAUAUUUGUUUUUGAGAAAUCAGAAGCAGAAUUUCCCCUUGGGGAAUCAGUAAAUCAGUUUGUCUGGAUAUUUGUCUAUGCUUAGCUUGUCUUUUUUUUAAAAAAUUAUUUUUUAUUUUUUUUUUAAACAACAACAACAGAAAACAAUAUCUAUCCAUCUGUAGCAUGCUAUUACCAGACAAUCAUUUGGAUGCAUGAAUUGCUGGUGUUUCACAGUUCCAUGCUUUGGGGGUUGAUCCUGAGCUCCGGUUUACUGUCUGCAUGUUCUCCAUGUGCCUGCAUGGGUAUAUCCUGUGGUAGCUAUAGGACCUACACAGUUACUUUACUGCCCUUAGAAGUAAGCGGGUGUGUGAUUUUCACACUUGCUCCCAGUGCUUCCAGCAGAGGCUCAGACUAGGCUCUAUUACACGACUCUGAACAGGAAUAUGAAUUACUCAAUGUGAAAGAAAAUAAAGAGAAUAAAACAAAUAAACCAUCACAGAAAUUCUAAUGCUUUCCACUACAAAUACCAGUACAAAACAUCAGCUAACCAUUAAAACUAUUACCAUUACUGGCCCUUAAUGGUAUUCACGAGAUAUAACAUGCCACCAAUAGAAGGCAAUGAAUUACCAAUAGAGACCCACAGGAACCAUUAUAAAAAUCCCAUUAAAACUAUUACAAAUUCUAUGAGGAUUUCUAUUGGGGUUUUUUUUUCCUCAGCAGGGAACUCUUAAGGUCCUAGAUCGGGACAGACUUGUGAUCAAGUUUUACCAAAACUAUGUAGUGUAUGUAGUGUUAACUUUACAAACUCAAACAUUACAAACAAAACAAAACAAAAUGGCUUAUGGUUUGUGUUUUAAUAAUUUCAUUAUAAUUUUGAAUUCCUUAGCAUUUGGUAAUUUUGUACUGUGUCUGGUUUGUGAAACUUCUUGUGACGGCACUAAUAUGCCAUAUUGUUUGUCAAUUAUAUCAUUUUAGAGGAAACAGACGUAUAAACGCUCCUAUGCAGCAUUUUCCGGAUGGAAGGAAACGUCUUGCAGGUUUACU